GAAUAAGGAAUAGGAAUGGCGGCAGUAGGAGGAGGUGGUGGUGGUGGUGGUGGUGGUGGGGGAGUAGAGUGGCAUCAGAGACCACCGAAUGCUAAAAAUCCAAUCGUAUUCUUUGAUGUUACAAUCGGAACUAUCCCUGCUGGCCGCAUCAAGAUGGAACUCUUUGCUGAUAUCGCUCCCAAAACUGCUGAAAACUUUCGCCAGUUUUGUACCGGAGAAUUUAGAAAAGGUGGACUACCUGUUGGAUACAAGGGAUGCCAAUUUCAUAGGAUUAUCAAGGACUUUAUGAUACAAGCUGGUGAUUUUCUUAAGGGAGAUGGCAGUGGAUGUGUAUCAAUAUAUGGAACUAAGUUUGAGGAUGAAAAUUUCAUAGCCAAGCAUACUGGACCUGGCCUUUUGUCAAUGGCCAAUAGUGGACCAAAUUCUAAUGGAUGCCAGUUUUUUCUCACCUGUGCCAAGUGUGAUUGGCUUGACAAUAAGCAUGUGGUAUUUGGGAGAGUUCUUGGUGAUGGGCUUCUGGUGCUGAGGAAGAUCGAAAAUAUAGCCACUGGACCAAACAACCGUCCAAAGUUGCCCUGUAUUAUUGCUGAGUGUGGGGAGAUGUGAUCACGAGUUUGUUUUUUUUUUGCACGUGCACUUGUGUAUUUAGAUUAAUCACUUGCAUAAAUGCAUCCUCUCAGAGUGUGUUAAUGAUUGAUUAUCUAUCUGGCUGGUGAAGUCAAAAGGUAAGCAUGCAGGUUUGAUAUAGAACGACGUUGUGUUGCUCUUUAGGCACUUGGUUCAUUUCUUUAUUUAAGCUGCAUAUUUCGGUCA